UAUGAGUCCUGAUAAGCAGCAGCCUAUUUAAGACUGAAGCCCUGUGUAGAGUGAAUUGCUGAUACCACCAUCUCGUUCUUCGCUUGACCAGGAGAUAUCAAGAGCCUGCUCAGGAUGCCAUGCCCAAAUCGCGCAGGUCAUGCGAUAUUGCUCCUCUUUGCUCUGUCCCUGUGGGCUGAAUGUGUUAUGUGUGGCUCCAGCUUCCUCAGCCCCACCCAGAAACCACAGGGUCGUGGAGACCGAAAGCCACCCCGACUGGGACGGAGGGCUGCAGCAGAGCUAGAGAUUCCUCUUCCUUUGGAGGAUAACCAUUUCAUGAUGAGCACACCUUUUCAGCUGGGUGUGUCUCUGAGUGAGGACGAAUAUGAAGAGUAUGGCCCGAUGCUACAGAAGAUUCUGCUGAAUGUCCUGGGUGAUAUGCCCCCUUUAGAGUGACCAAACUACCAGAUCUUGAAAGGACUCCAACUCCUACAAGUUACUGUCAGAAAAUGCAUCAACGAGUGAUCAUUUAUUAACUCAGUUGAUUGUUAAAAAAUGAAUAAAAUUCUAAUUUGAGGAGCUCUCUAA